AUGCCUGGGUCGGAUACUGUCAAGAUUAGCAAUAUCGGGAACUGGCAUAUUGUUUCCAGGAAUAUGCGCACACUGUGGCAGUCCGUGGAGCAACAUGCCCAUCCCGAGUACCUAGAGAAGUUGGAGCUGGACAGAACUGGAGUGCGUGAUGUUUUGCCCUCAGGUGGUCAUAAUUAUCACACCCAGUUUGGCGACGAUUUCCAUCCUAUUACUGUUGCCGACUCACAGCCCAGUUCUUUGACGACUGACAUUAGGAGUGGUUUGGCCAAGCUCGAAGAUGGGGGUUCUCCUUUUCCCCCAUUCUGCUGCAAUGGGCAGCUCAAGGAUGAAGAUGCAUCCUUCAAUCAGGGCGUCAGCAGGGGCGGGGUUCCCUCCCGCAAUGGUACACGUAUAAUCACAGCAUCGAAAAGUGGCAACCCGCUGAGGAGCCAAGCUGCAGCUAUCAAAAAGCAGGCGAGUCACCAAAAGUUAAGCAUGAUUCAAGAAGAUGUUACCAGUUUGAAGGAUGGUCAGGCUAGCCUGGCAACUGAAGUUUGCAGCUUGAAGGCCGACAUCUCGAGCAUAAAGUCAACUCAAUGUGGUUUGGCGUCUAAGGUUGGCUGUUUAACUCAGGAAUUUGGCUGUUUAACUCAGGAAUUCUCCCAAAUGAGUGAGCUACUAGCUCAGGUCCUGGACUACCAGAAGCAGACAGCGCAGACAGCGGCCAUAGACUCACAGGCGCACAAGCAGCGAGUAGCUGAUGCUCAUCUGAGAGCGGCCUCGGCAGGCAGACUGGCACCUGCCAAGCCCAAGAAGAGGAAAGCGUCUAACCCAGGUGGCAAAAAGACAAAGAAAUCCAAAAAAAGCAAAGAUACUGCUGCCAGUGGCCCCGUCCCAUGCGCCCCCCCAUUGCCUUUUGCGCUGAUGGCAGCAGGUGAAGCCCCGUGCACUGCUGCCAAGGAAGCCCCGAUAUUGCCUUCUGCACUGAUGGCAGCAGGUGCUGCCAAGGAAGCCCCCUCCACCACAGAGUGUUUGAAAACUGCCCCAGUUAGUGCAAGAUAUAGUACAAGGGGAAAAGCUGCAUCUUCCGUUAGUUCCGUCAGGGAUGCCCCCCCAGCUAUUGCAGUUGCUGCGCGCCGACAAUGCUCUUCCGCAGACGAUGACAUUGUUGCCGACGACGGCAGUGACAGCGACUCAGAGGCUACAAGAGAUGAGCAACAAGAAAACUAUACCGACCUUGUUGCUGACCCCCGGGAUAUUCAGGAUGUCAUGUUCUUUUACAUCAAGAAGAGCGCGCCAGAUAAAGGUUACUACAUCACUUCAAAGAAAGAAGAUGGUACUGGUGGCUACAGGCACAAAGAAGUAGAAGAGCUGACGGCUCUGUUUCAAAAGUACCUCAAAAGCAAAGCGAGGAAGACUGAUAUGGUGCCUCCUGAUCUCCUCUACAUCAAGUACGAUGCUCGAUACUUUGACGGUAUAGGUGCAAGACCUGAGAUGGGUUCUUGGAUGAAUUUGGUUAUAGAUGGACGAUACAACAUUCUCAAGGAUUUUGUUGAGGACCCCUCAAAUCAUACACUGUACAAAGAAAGGGGUGAAGUUUCCAAAAUAGCGUUUGAAGCCCUCAGGCACCACAUUCUGAGUGGAAACGAAGACCAUGUGAAGCAAAAAGCUAUACAGAUCAGGGAUGAGUUGUUGGAGAGAGAAUUCGAUGCCUAG